AAUUGGUGAACGGUACUGUGGGAUGCCGCGGUUGAACGGCGGUAUUUUGAAGUUUCUGCUGUCUUGUGAGAAAUUGCUGUCUUGUUUAGAGUUGGGAGAAACGCCGUUUAAGCGGAUUAGAAAUUAGGAGCUUGGGUAGGCUGUACGGUACUGUGGGAUGCCGCGGUUGAACGGCUUGGAAAUCGUAAUUUCUGUGUCCUAGGUUUUAGUGAUUGGUCUUCAAUGGUGUUUAAUGGAUAAUUUUAGGAAUUUCGUUGGAGGAUUUAGUUGUAUUGAAGAAUUACAGUGUGAGAAGAUUAAAGAUGAAUAGGUUCUUCAAGGUGUAUAAUUUGUUGAGUUAUAAAUGCGUUAGAAGCCUCUUAAAGAUCGUAGUCUGCGGCUAAGGUUUGUAAGCGAAAUCGUUGACGAUUUACUGAUUUUGAAGAAUUGCGGAGAUUUAUUGGAAUGCAAGGGUAUGGACUCUGAUUUUGGCGUGGAACAGCAAGCUCCUGGCGCUGUUCCUGAUUCUAAGACAAUGGCUAACCAUCAUUCUUCGUUUAAUUCCAUAUUUAACACAAUUGACACAAUUAUUUGCGACGAAGCUUUCCAAACGGGAGAAUUUCGUGAAAUGAACCCCAAGAACCCCUUUGGAGGAGGUCCAGCGGGUAUUAUGGACGGAUCAUUUUGUUCUGAUACGGCCUUCGCAACUAAAUUCUUACAGAGGCCUAGUUUUUCUGCAUUAAUGGCUGACGAAUCCUCAGAUGCUGACACUAUUCUGGAUUCCAGUAAGGAUUCAUUUCAUACUGUGAAUCUAAAUGCGCUAGGCGUUAAGAAUGGCUUAAACUCCACUGAUUGGAAUCAUUUGGAGGCAAUAAAGCUUGGUGCCGAGGUUUCUAAGUUUAACAUUGGAAGCGUAACGCCCAGCGCUUUGGUGAGCUUUCCUUCUGACCCUGCGUUCCUAGAACGAGCUGUGAAAUUCUCGUCGUUUGGUGGCAAUACGGAACACAUUGCACAUGAAAAUGUGAUUGGCGGGGCUUCGAACCCUCGAACUGUUGCUGAAAAUGGUGCAAAUGGUUGCUCUGAACCGGCAAAAUGUCCAGAUGACGGCGUUGGGAAGAAAAGGAGAGCAAAAUCUUCGACUUCUGGCCAGAACAAUACCAAGGAAUCGGAGGAGAGUAGAGGCAAACGAUGCAGAGUUGGUGAGAACAGUGAGAGUGAUGAUAAUACGUCUGAGUCUACCCCUCAGAAAGGCAAGGACAAAAAUUCAAGGCCUCUUCAGAAGGAAGAUAAUUAUAUCCAUGUCAGGGCAAGAAGAGGCCAGGCUACUGAUAGCCAUAGCUUAGCUGAAAGGGUGAGAAGAGAAAAGAUCAAUGAGAGAAUGAAAUUCUUGCAAGACCUGGUGCCCACCUGCAACAAGGUCACUGGAAAAGCAGUAAUGCUUGAUGAGAUCAUCAACUAUGUUCAAUCCUUACAACACCAAGUAGAGUUCUUGUCCAUGAAACUGGCAACAGUCAACCCAAAGCUCGACUUUAACAUCGACAAUUUAUUUUCCAAAGAGAUGUGCGGGAGCUUCGCAAGCAAGGGAAUGCCUCCUCCAUUCUUUCAUCUAGAACAGUUUAAACAUGCCUCAUUGCAGGCAGGACCAAAUCCCGGAUCAGAGAUCCUGUCUGCUUUGAGUUCAGCAGACUCUGCAGAAAUGUUUGAUGGUCCAAAUUUUCAGAGGCAGUCAUCUUCUGGAGAAUUGGCUAAUAUGUAUAAUGUGGGAAUGCUACAAGGCAGAGUGCAACAGGUGCAGCAGCAACAGCAGCCACCACUGUAAUCCUUUAUAAUAAUACACUGACACUGAUCUUCUUUUCACAUCAUGAUCAAAUCUUACUAUAGUUUGACCGUGCCCAUUUUUUAGGAAUAGUUUGUUGCAGUUACAACUUACUAGUACGUAACCUAGCAGGAGUGUACAUAUAUGCAAUGAAUGAAUGACUUGUGGCUAUCUGGUCCCCUCACAUCAUUCUUUGGAGUUAUAGAAAUUCCCAGAUUCAUCUCUCUUGGACAUGGAGCCAUGAUUAUCUUUUGACUAAGUUGGAAAUGUUGCCCAGCUUUUCUCAAUCUCACCCUACUUUACUUUGACCGAACUUCACUUGAAACAACAGAAAUGGAAGUCUCCUGCAAAUAAUAACAAUAUUUCAUUAUAUGCUUUCCA